CUCUCUGAGGGCAGGAAGGGCGGCGCGCCGCUCCCCGCCGCCUGCCCGAGGGGGCGAAACGCCCCGCAGGGGCCACCGCGACACCCGCGCCGGGGCCGCGCAGCCGUCGCACCUCACCUGAGCGGCGCCACCGCAGAGGGCAGCGCCGCCCCGCCCCCUUCCUCCCGCCCGCCGCGCGCCUCUGGUAACGGCCGUAACGGCACCCGCGUGCUGGAGCGCGCUCACGCGCCGCAGCCCGCCCCGGGGAGGCGCGGGGGGGCGCUGGCUGGGCUGGCUGGGGCGGGCCGGCCGCUCCGCUCCCCGCCGCGCCGCGCCGAGCCGGGCCGGGCAGGGCAGGGCAGGGCAGGGCAGGGAGGACCGCAGCGCAGCGCGGCGCUGAGGAGGCGGGCCGCGCCGCGGCGGGCAGAGCGCUGCGGGAGGCGGCUGGCGCUUCGACCCUGUCCCCAGCGGGUCCCGCUCCGCGCUCAGGAGUGGCACAGUAAGAGAAAGGCAUGAAAUAUCUUUAAUGGAAUUCUGCUUUUGAUCAAGCUGUUAAAAAUGGAUAUGAACGUUAUUUUCUCCUGUGAGUUUUUGGUAAAUGGACACUGACAUGGACUACGAAAGACCCAACGUUGAAACUAUCAAGUGUGUGGUGGUUGGAGACAACGCAGUGGGAAAGACUCGUCUAAUUUGUGCAAGAGCAUGCAAUACAACCUUGACUCAGUAUCAGCUGCUGGCAACUCACGUACCAACUGUCUGGGCCAUCGAUCAGUACCGUGUCUGCCAAGAGGUGCUUGAACGCUCAAGAGAUGUUGUGGAUGAAGUGAGUGUUUCUCUCAGGCUGUGGGAUACAUUUGGGGACCACCACAAAGACAGGCGCUUUGCUUACGGAAGGUCUGAUGUAGUUGUUCUGUGCUUUUCAAUUGCUAAUCCUAAUUCCCUGAAUCAUGUGAAAACAAUGUGGUAUCAGGAAAUCAAGCACUUCUGUCCUCGCACACCUGUCAUCCUGGUGGGCUGCCAACUAGAUCUCCGCUAUGCAGAUCUUGAGGCUGUUAACAGAGCCAGACGGCCUUUGGCAAGGCCGAUAAAAAGAGGAGACAUUUUGCCACCAGAAAGAGGCAGAGAGGUUGCCAAGGAACUUGGGAUACCAUACUAUGAAACCAGUGUAUUUGACCAGUUUGGGAUUAAAGACGUGUUUGACAAUGCAAUUAGAGCUGCCCUGAUCUCCAGAAGGCACCUGCAGUUCUGGAAAUCUCAUUUGAAGAAGGUCCAAAAACCUUUGCUUCAGGCUCCAUUCCUACCUCCAAAAGCCCCUCCUCCGGUUAUCAAAAUUCCUGAGUGUCCCGUAUCAAGCAUGAAUGAAGCUGGAUAUUUAUUGGACAGCCCACUGUGUGCAGAUGUUAUGUUUGUUCUCCAGGAGCAGGACUACAUUUUUGCUCACAAGAUUUACCUAGCUACCUCCUCUUCAAAGUUUUAUGACCUUUUCUUAAUGGAAUGUGAGGAAAGUCCAGACUUGGAUGAAACACAGAGUAAUAAAGAAAAUGCAAAUAAGGAUGUUCUGACAAGUCACCUUGAGACAAAUGGUGACGGUGAUGAGCUAUCCUUGAAAUCUGCUGAUGUUAAAAUUCCCCCACCAGAAAGUACUGACUCUUUAAAUGUGCUAGAACCCGAACCUGGUGAAACAAAUUCUGCAGCCAGGUCUCUGUCAUCCUGGGGUAAGGGGUUUGUUAGUGUGCAUAAGGAAAUGCAAGUGAAUCCUGUCUCGAAUAGGAUGUGUCCUGUAACUGUGGUAAAAAUGGAUUCAUCUGUGCAGGCCGGACCUUUUAAAACUGUUUUGCAGUUUUUGUACACAGGGCAACUGGAUGAAAAUGAAAAAGAUCUCACAAGACUGGCUCAGAUUGCUGAAAUCUUGGAAGUAUUUGAUUUGCGAAUGAUGGUGGAGAAUAUUAUGAAUAAAGAAGCCUUCAUGAAUCAAGAGAUUACAAAAGCAUUUCAUGUCAGAAAAGCUAAUCGGAUAAAAGAGUGCCUUUGCAAAGGGACAUUUUCUGAUGUGACAUUUAAAUUGGAUGAUGGAACCAUAAAUGCCCACAAGCCACUGCUGAUCUGUAGCUGUGAAUGGAUGUCUGCUAUGUUUGGAGGAUCAUUUAUUGAAAGCUCAAACAGUGAGGUAGUUCUUCCCAACAUAAACAAGACAUCUAUGCAAGCAGUUUUAGAUUACUUGUAUACCAAGCAACUGUCCUCCAGUCAGGAACUGGACACACUUGAGUUAAUUGCAUUGGCAAAUAGGUUUUGCCUUCCUCACCUGGUUGCACUAGCAGAACAGCAUGCAGUACAAGAGCUGACAAAAGCCUCCAUGAGUGGCAUUGCAAUAGAUGGAGAAGUACUGUCCUAUUUGGAAUUGGCACAGUUUCACAAUGCUAACCAGCUGGCAGCUUGGUGCUUGCACUACAUCUGCACCAAUUACAACAGUGUUUGCUCCAAAUUCCGCAAGGAAAUCAAAGCUAAAUCUUCAGAUAAUCAAGAAUAUUUUGAGAGGCAUCGCUGGCCGCCUGUGUGGUAUUUAAAGGAAGAAGAUCACUACCAGCGAGUUAAAAAAGAAAGAGAAAAGGAAGACAUUGCACUGAAUAAACAUCAUUCAAAGCGGAAGUGGUGCUUCUGGAAUUCCUCUGCUGUAGUUGCCUGAAGAAAGCAAAUAAGUGGAAAUCCAUAGCCAGUGUCAGAAAUUAGUCUUAUUGUUAGAAAUAAGAUGUAGUUCAGGUUUUCAGGAAACUUUGUUCCACGUGUGCAUUUAUUAUUGCUAGGGUCAAAAGCACAAGCUCACUGAAAGUGAGCCUGGAACAGCUCCUCAAAGUCAUAUGUAUAUUUUUGGCUAGUAAGCAGAUAAAUGUCUACCAUUAUUACAUUUCCUUUUCUACAGAAAAAAAUCCAUCCAGCAUUAAUGUUUCAAUCUCCAGUUGGGAAAUAUUUUUAUACUGUCUGGUGCAUUUUGUUCAGAUAAAAUUCUGGAUACUGUUUUAUUUUACAGACCACAAAAUAACCAUGUAGCAGCUUUGUAAUUAGAUUUUAACUAUUUUUACUAUGCGAGUACAGUGAAAUAGACAAUCUUCAGUCAUAAGAGACAGCUUUUAGAGUAUCUCCUAGAAAGUCAUCUUAGGAAAAAAUCUAGUUCCCUAGUAUAGGUUGUCUUUUUUAAACGAAGUACUGUCCACUGGUAAUAUGAUUAGAUGGUUAUUUCCCCUUUCUAAAGUAAAGGGUUAGAAUAAGAUCCAAUAACUGCAAGAUAUAGAGUGCUUGAUCUUUGCUCAGCUGAAUAAUAGGCAGUGUAAUUCCCUGUUCAACUGCAGGCAAAUGUAUUUCUAAUAUUUGCCAUGUAAGUGCAAGUAAUUAUGACUAUGUGGGCCAUGUGAAAUCUAGUGAUUCUAAAUAUUCAGAGGUUUUAUAUGUCUAGAUCAAAGAGAAUAUUUCUAAAAUCAUUUAGAAGGGCUUAUUAAUUUAUAUCCUUAUACAAGUAUGGAUCUGAAUACAAAAGCAGUUAUGCUGCUUGCAUUUGAAUUACUGCAUGGCAGUUACCUUGUUCUGUGGGAUCUUAACCACGCAGCCAUUCCUCAUGCUGAAUUCCUUUUUGCUUCAGUGCAAGCAAACGAAAGGGCUGCAAAAACACGUAGGAGUUAUCUAGUGUUACAGCAUUUUGUAAAUGAAGAAGGCUUUUCACACACAAGAUCACUUCAGUUUGAUCCAAAUUGUUUUAUAGCUUUUCCCAGGUAGAACUCAAAAUGUUAGAUUAUUUUGAAGUAGAUCGUAUAUUUCCCCUGGAAGUAGGUAUUUCCAGAAAGCUGGGGGCAAAAUGAUGGCAGAAAGGCAGGAAUUCUGCACAAAUGGUGCAAGGUUAAAAAAAAAAGCCUCGAGUGUUUUCAAAUAGCCUUUGCGCUUAUGACUUUUUAUCAACCAUUACUCUAAAGCUGCAGUGUUACACUAGAUUGCAUAAGGAUGAGAGCUUUUUUUAAAAGACCAAAACUAAAAUACAUAGACUGUAGAACAUAUACAUGCAAUCCUGUACAGUGUCUCAGGCACAAUUCUGUAACCAAGGUAGUAUUGUGUAUUACAUUUGUUAAUAUUGUUUUGUGCUGGCAGCUCAGCAUACCAAUGUGAAAAGCUGAUUCUUUGUGGUUUUUUCUGUAUUCAAAGGCAAGGCAGUACAGUCACCCCAGUACUGUAGGUCAGGAAAGGCUUUGGACUGAAAGCCAUAUACACCUCUACAUAUUUGCAUUCUGAAUGGACUAAUUCUCAGCAGAUGCUACUGCAGGAGAGUAGGAGCCACCCAGCAUGGAAGGAGAUGCUGCUCUACAAACUCUUAUAAGGAAAGCAAGCGACAGAUUCCUACCCCUGUAAGAUUCAUCACCGUAUGGUGAUAAAGAAGGGCUAUAAAUGAUGGUUGCAAAUAUGUCUCCUUAAUUCUUGGUCAGUGAUAAUGUAUAUUGUGGAGGAGAAGAAUGAAUGAGAGAACACAUGUCAAGACUAAGAUGAGAUAAAUACCUGUUGUCAUAAAAUGUUAACCAGUCACAUUUUAAGUAAGUAUUGCUACUAGGUUUUACACAACCAAAGCUACUGUAUGAUUGUAAUCUUGCCAAACUGUAAUGGAUAUAUAAAUGAACCUGAGGUAUAUGCAAUAAUAUCCAGUUGUGCUAGUUAUCAGCUACUAUAACCAAGUGGCUGGUUCAUUUGGUUAAUGCCGUCUAUGGCCUUUAAUCUUGGUGGUUAUUUUGUGUUUUUUAUUUUGCAAAAGAAGUCAAUAAAACUGUUUAGUUACAAA